AAGUAAUCGGUUAUUUUAUGACUUUCUUUUCUGUGUUUGUGUUCCUCUGUUUUUAUGAUUUUUGCAAUAAAAAUAUUGUCGAAAAUAUUGAUUUAUAAAAUGUAAAAACGUGAUAAUUGUGUAAUCUAAUAACCAAUAAAGUGGAAUAAUAUGAAAAUUUGUAAAAAAUAUUGAGAUUUAGUGAAGAAGUUUCGUUUUAAAAUCUGCGGAAGUUGAUUACAACAACACGACAAACGUAAAACAAAUGAACGACGAAUGACUGUGUUUGUUGCCUAAUCAACAUUUGUAUCACGUCAACGCAUUCAAAUAAAAAGGAAACCCAAAGAGGUACUACUUACUAUCGAUGAAUAAUAUAAACUAAGCAACUGAACGAAUGUGGAAGCAAACAACGAACAAAUAAGAAAUAGAACAAAUUUCUAAAAGACACUCAAAUAAUAAAAGUGUUACAAUAAUAGAAGAACCUUACGUCCAUUCCCCCGCCGGCCUAUUUUCAGCUGAUGCAUAUGAUGUCGCCACUUAGAACACUGUGAUGAUAAAAGAAUAUAGGUACAAACAAACACAAAUGCCGCCUCACUAUCUAGAUUAGCAGAAAGCAGCAGGCACGGAGGCAAACAGACGGUCAUACCAAAUAAAUGUCGACAGCAAAACGAAAAAAUUCGUAAUAGCCCACAAAACAUUAUCUAUUUGUGGAAUUAACAUAAAUUUAUUUUGGCGUUGCUGUAACAACAAUAAAACGGCCAAGAGUGGGUGGUGUUAACAACUUGCAUUAUUCCAACGUUGAAAGCGGCCAAGUGUAGCGCACAAAAGAAGACAACAAAUUAAAAACGAUAUUAAUUCAAAAGAAAUCCAAAAAAUGAGCUGGCUACGUUCUAGCCCUUUGCGUCAAAGUUUAACACGUACAUCGAGUAAUGGCAAUUCCUCGUCUACAGGUGGUUCGAAUGCAUCGACGCAAAAUUCCAUAUUGCGACAAAGACCAAUUGACACAGCAACAGAUUGUGAUCCUCGAGCGUGUUAUGAUAGUUUUUGCAAACAUUGGCAACAGGCCUAUGAAAUUAUACAAAAAUCGAAUGGACCAAAUAGACCGCCGACGCAUGAUGAUGUCCUGGCGGUGGUGUCACAUUUAGAUUUUAUGGUCACCCUUCUAUUGGUGGAAUUGCAUCAUUGCAAUAAAAUCUCAUUACCUGAUGCCUCAAAUACACCACCGGCUCCUUGUCUGGAGUAUUUAUUAAGUGAAAAUCUUCUGGAUAAACUAUACGAAUGGGGUUGUACAACAGGACGUUAUGCCAAUGCUGUACGAUUGGAACAACUCAAACUCUAUGAACUGCUGGUUAGCCACUCGAGGCAUCAGUUGCUCUGUCAUGAACCAUUUCUAAGGCCGUUACUAAAGAUUUUGGCUUCCAGCCAGGGAGAAAUAUUUCCCCCAGACUUGGAGAAGCGUUUAGUUAUAUUACUAAAUCAGCUGUGCGUUCUUCUUAUGCAAAAUGUGCACUUACUGGAUUUAUUUUUCUUCUCAUCGGCCCAAGAAACACAAAGUAAAAACAACUUUAUUAUAUUUUCCCUCUUGAUACCCUAUGUACACCGUGAAGGUAGUCUGGGACACCAGGCCAGAGAUGCACUUUUGCUGUGCAUGGCACUGUCGCAAAAGAAUUCCAAUAUUGGUACAUAUAUAGCACAAUAUUCAUCCAUGUGUCCUCUUUUGGUAACGGGUCUGGGUGGCCUGUAUUCUCGUCUACCAAAUUCCAUUGAAAUCAAUACCAUCGAUUGGCAUCGCAUUACACCCGACGAUGUAACGGAAAUCCCUGAAUUGACACUUUUCAUGAAUGCACUGGAGUUUUGCAAUGCUGUCGUUCAAGUGGCCCAUGAAAUGAUAAAAACUCAAUUAUUGGAUUUUAUGUAUCAGGGUUUUAUUGUACCCGUUUUGGGGCCAGCCUUAUUGCAGACAUUAAAAGGCAAACAUUUCCAGACUAAUGUCGAUUCACAAAUAUCUGCAAUGUCCUAUUUGGAUUUGAUAUUACGUUCGGUAACCGAACCAGACCUCAUGAAGUUAUUUGUAAAAUUUCUCUUGGAUGCUGAGAAGUUCGAUGGUGAACGUAUAUUGGACACGCUGGUUGAGCGUCUGAAGUCACAGGAUCCCAACUUAUGCAUGGUAACAAUGGCAUUAUUCGACACCCUGUUGGGUCUUUAUUGUGAAGAUUUAAUGUUGGAAUUACUAUUGAAAUUUCUACUGCCGGGCAAACAUGUGCCCAUAUCAUAUCGUCACAAAAUCAAUCGCAUCGAUCCAUACACAAAUUCUUCAGAUUUCUUUUUGAAUCUUACGCCAGAUGUCAUGAAAAGAGUUCGUGAGCUAACCAAGCACAAACAUUUGGGUGAUACUGCACAUCAUACACAUCCCACAAUGCCGUCGCCCACAUCGACAUUAAGUAAAACUAUAGGAGCCAAUUGGAAUUAUUAUGGCCUGCAUACGGGUGAUAGUUUGUAUGCCAACUAUCAUGCAUAUUUGUUUGAGGCCCAUUUACGUAUAGUCCAGUGUCUAAAUGCCUGUUCGGUAUGGUCAAGCGACUAUAGAUAUCAAAAAUGGCCUCGAAAAUCAACAAAGCAAUGCAAUCAAACAUUAGAAAUGGUCAAAGAAUUCUUUAAUGAAUUUAACUGCAACAGUCCGGAACAAUCAAAUGUAGUCUCAUCAUCAACAGGAACGGGAGGUCCACUAUUGGCAUACGAUGAUAAAAAACAAUUGGAUAGUUUACAAUCGAUUGGAGAAUCAAGUGGUUAUGAAUCAUUUAAAUGGAGGCCAGCCGAUGAAGAGGGACACAGUGAAGAUGCUCAAAAUAUUAGUUGUCCUGUUGGCAGUGGCUUACACUUUGCCUUGGGUGGCGAUGUAGAUAUGGAUGCAAGCAAUUGUAGCGGUAAAGGACAACAAUCUGGUAGUAGUAUGGCCACACAGAAAAAAGAUUAUUGGCGUGUCUCAAAGCAUCGAAGUGAAUUACAUUUAACCGAUUUGGAUUUUUCUGAAGACCUUUUUGCCCAAGGGACUGUCUCAUUGGGUCCCUUUCUCAAUGCCAUUUGGUCCAAAUUACAAACAUUCACCAGCAAUACUCUGUACGUCAAUUUACAUUUGACUGGACUCAUAACACGUUUGGCCUGCUACCCUUUGCCGCUUAUACACUCGAUUCUCUUACGUCCAGAUAUUGUUAUUACCACAGAUACACCAUCAUUUCAUCAAGUUUUACGUAUACUCAAGCAACAAAUCGAUGCUGAACUACCAGUGGUAGAGGAUUCUUUAGAAAUUAUUGAUGUUGCACGAUCCUAUUUGAUUGAUCGUGAAUUUCGUCUUAUGAAUGCUCGCAAAGCUACAGAAAAUUCUCCCCUACAUGUGGCCAAAACAUUGUCAGCACCACAACAACAACAAUCAACAUAUGCCCACUUAUCAGCUAGCUCUCCAGUCCAGGUUACACCAUCGUCAUCGUAUGACCCCUUUAAGCGUAAUGAUGCCAAAAGGAAAAGUAUUAGUAAAUCCUUUACGAGCAUGUUUAGCCGUAAAUCAAGUGCUACAUCUGGCUUAUCACAAAUUUAUGCAUUCUUCACCGGUGGAAUCUCUGGAUCAAAUAACAAUAAUAAUUCCGUAACAUCUACAACAUCAUCAACUGUUGGCAGCGGAUCAAAUCAAUCAUCCACAACAAAUAUUAGUACACGUGAAACAAGCCUUACAACUUUACCGCCAGCGCCAAUAAAAACAAAUGCCGGUGGUAGUGGCACAACUUUAAGCUCAAUGGAACGUACACAUGAACGCGGCAGUAGUGUUAGCAGUACAACAACAAUACAAUCAAAUAGUUCCACAUCACAAUAUCAACACAAUACCAAUACGUCUGCGUCGGUGCAGCAUAACCUUUCAUCGACAACGCUUUCUUCUUUAGGUGAACGGGGUGGGGGAAUCAAUGGUGGUGUUGGCACAUCCACUGCUGUAACGAAUUCUGGAAUCGUUUCGAUGAGCAACAUUAUGGGUAGUGGACAAAAUUCCGGCCCAGCUUCCUUGGAUUCGUUGUCUUCUACAAUGGGCGGCAUUGCCAAUACUAGCGGUGGCACCGAACGUACUCGCGACUUGGCUUUAUGUGCUGUCCUCCUCGAUGAAUGGCUAAAAGAGUUGGCCGCUAUAGCUCAAGAACAAAGUGUUGUUAUGAUCAAUGUUGGCUACUGACAUCAGACGAAAAAGAGACGUCACUAUUGUCCACACCAGUAUCAUCAUUUCUACUAUCGUAUGCCAAUCAAUUGUUUCUGUUGUUGAUAUAUACAUACAAUAUAAAUAUUAAGUAAUAUAUACAAACAAAAAUCUUUUACAAAAUCUUUUGCAUAUCUUUUUGUAAGAUAUCUCUGCCUUUUUGUAUGUUAAGAUAACGUUUGGUCAACGAGGAUUUCAACUUGGAAAACAAGGUGUAGUUCUUACACAUUUACAUUGUUGUGUGUAGAAAUAAGUUGUUUAUUAUAUUAGAAAGCCGCUUGGGUAAAGUUGUAGCUUUAUGGAAAAAGAUCAAACUGCAAUGAACAAGUGUCACUGGAAUUCCUUUGUAAAGUCUUCCAGGAUUAAAAAAACUUUCUUAGAUAUUCAAUGUGUUAUCAAAAAUUGUAUAUUAUAUUCAAAUUUAUUCAAAUAUGAUUGUAAAAUUUAAGUUUCCCAAGCUAAGAUAUGAUAAGCCUUAAGGCGAAAUUUCAAAUUAUUAUUUGUUUUAUUGGUAUCUUCAAAAUGUUUUAUUGGUCUCUUUAAUUUCAAAAACAUUAAUAAAGUUGGUUAAAAAAAUAGUCAUGUUUUGUUAAAUUUACCCAGUCACAACAUUGCAAGUUGAAACUUUUCCUAUUGACAUAUAUGAAAUGUUGGCCAAUCAAUCAAUCCAUCAAUAUAUUGUAAUAUAAUAUAAAACAAAAACUUCAGCUUUGGAGAUGUGAUGUAUUUCAUGUUGCAUGUUUUUAUAUUAUUUGUUGUUAAUUAUAUUUUGUUGCAAUACAUGAGUAUGGUAUUGGACGAGAUAUCUCUAUUUGUUAAUAAAAAAAUCCAAAAUUUUCUAAGCUUUCAUUUUUUACAAACAUACAUGUAUCCUUUUAGUUUGUAAAGUUGUAUCAAUGUCAAAUCAAAAUCGAAUACAUCACAUCCUGUCUCAAAACUGUCGAUCGAUCUUAUAUAUAUUUUUUGUAUACAUAAUUAAGAAUAUAGUAUACUAAUAAAUAAGAAAAAAGUACAGAGCAAUAUUUAUAUACAUAAAUAUAUAAAGUUUUGACAAA